AUGGAAAAGACAUCCAACAUCACAAAUGGGUCCUCUGACGCAAGCCAGUCACGAUUAGAACCCCCAGAGACGUCCAUCGUUACUCCCUCCCACACCUCCACCAUCACCACAACCACCACCGACCGCCAGCCUUCCUCCAAGCACUCUUCGGCCACAACAUCCCUAACACCAUCACCAUUCAACUCGAGAGACACAUCUCCCACCCGUAACUACGCGAAACCUACUACAUCCACUGCCCAAAAGGCCGCCUCGACCCCCGGCCUGAGAUCGCGCAAGAGCAGCAGCCAGGACUUGACCGCGGUCCGAACCCCCAGGUCCACCAGCAGCAUACCAGGCCCGCCGGCAUCAUCGAGGACCCUCUCCGCCGCCACAACCCCUACACUCCUCCCACAGACGCAAGAAUCCUUCCUCAAGUCCAUAAACCCCCAAAAGACGCCGCUCAAUACCGAGGUGGCUCAAACGAGAGACAGCCCUCGCUGGCCUGUGUCGCCUCGCUUGCGCUCGCCCCCUCCUCAACUAGGCAAACCUCAGAAUCCCCCACCGGCUCGCCGGACUGAACAGGAAACCCCCAAGAUCAACCUGACGAGAGCCUCUCCCACACCCCAAGCCGAGCCCUUCCCCUCCGUCUCCGAGAGCGAAACGGACGACUCUCAGCUUCAAUCUGGGGUGCGAACUCCCGUCACCGGCAGCGGCUCAAUAUUGGAAACGGUACAGGAAGUGAGCUUGCCGAACUCACCGGGACAGAUGGAUUCCACGCUCGAAAAGGUCAAUGAGAAGUUGGCCCACGAGGCAGCUGCCAGCGCCGAUGAUAUAACCCAAAUCGACAACCGAACUGUCCGACUCGGCAGGACUGCUCUGCAGCCAACAGAAGCCAACGGCGAUACCGGUACCGUCAGAGUGCGAUCGCAAAGCUCCGCACCCGUCCCGACGGUCACGCGACAGUCCAGCGUGCUGUCAAACAAACAGGGCAAGAACAAGGCAGCUGGAGAAGGAUCUAAUCUCAUCGUCGAGACAGAGACGGUAUCCUCUAUCCCUCAGGUGGCAUUGGCGCCCGCUUCCAAGCUGGAACCUGGCAACGGUACACUUAGGACAAAGCCCAGCACGGAAACGAUCCGACCAAGGAAGGAAAAGCGAAAGACCAGCCGGAAGCAACCGACUGUCAACACUGCCAACGCAUCUUCAAAAGCAGAUAUUUUUGAGGCUAAAGUGGCCAGCGCCGUUGAUGAGGCGAACACGUCAGAUUCCGAGGAGACGUUUGUCUACGACUCCAACCCGCCUGACGUUGGCGAUAGACGUCGGUAUCACUCCCGAACCCCCAGCGCUACAUCGAUGAUUAGCCAAGCCGACAGAGCCGGCGCCCUAGGCAUGCGCUCAAUUCACGAGGCUAUGCAAGGGGGUGGCGCCGCUGCCGCCGCGGGGUUGAAGAAGAGCAUGAAGUUUGUGAACACUUUCAAUAGCAACGGCGCCGAAAGCCUGGGCGUCGACGAGGAUGGAAAAGGCAGCGGCAGAAGCGUCGGAGUCGGCUCAGGAAGAGGCACAACCAGACACCACCACCACAAUCACUUCGGGCGUUGGGGCCGCCAGCCUGGAAAUUCGCAUCCUUCCCUUUUCGACAACGAAUCACUGUUUCCAAACGCUGCGCGCUCCAAACUAUCGGCCGCCAACUCUAGACAAUCAUCCGGCCCACCAAGUCCGAGAACCGCGAGCUCAGCUAGAGGCGGCCCCCACGCUCUCGGUAAGCGGUCUUCGAUUCAAAUGGCCCGUUACGACGCGGACGACACGACGACCACCGGUGCGGAUGACGAGCGUACGCCUUUGCUCACGGCCUCCGUUCGAUCUGGGCGCAGGGCCCGUCGCCAUCCUGCAAACUUGCGAAACCUUGAGUCGCAGUCUUACAGGCAACAGCCUUCGUAUCUCAAUCGGUUUGCCGCUUGUCUGGUGGUGACCAUGAUGCUCCUGCUAGUCAUUACCGGCGCGAUUGGUUUCAUGUUCGCGACAUCUCAGCCUCUGACGGACAUUCAGCUUGUUUCCAUCAAGAACGUCCUCGCUAGCGACCCGGAAUUGAUGUUUGAUUUGACGGUCAAAGCUCAUAACCCCAACAUUGUGGUUGUGUCCAUUGACCAAGCGAAUAUCGAGAUUUUUGCAAAGUCACCUCACGCAGGAACCGACUUUGAUUGGUGGAAGCGACCUCACGAAGGAGAUCCGGACAUGCACAUUCGCGACGAUCCUCCCGACGACCCGCCUGACGACGAUGCGGCGCCCAACAUGCGUCUCGGUACGAUCACUGAGUUUGACAGUCCUCUUUCUUUCGAAGGCUCCUUCUUCAACAAGGGCGUAUCAGCCUCAACUGGUACAAUGCGACUACAUCUUCCAGGCAACCACUCGGCUGGCGGCUCUGAGCGCUGGGGUCGAAUCAUCCAAGAUGAGUUCGACCUGAUUGUAAAGGGUGUCGUCCGUUAUUCUCUACCACUCAGUCAGAGAGUCCGAAGCGCUCCGAUUUCUGGCAGAGCAACAGUCAAGCCUAACUCUGCCAACGACCCAUCGCUUCAACCAAACACAACUCUGCCAGGAGAGCUACCGGACCUCGAGCCUUAG